CCUCGCCCUUUGUUUUUAGUUAUAUAUUAUUUUUGGGGGAAAGCAACUGAUCUGUCAUUUCUUACGGUAUUGCUUUCACUUCUUUCUCCUAUGCUCCAACAUCGGAUUCCUUUCCUUCGCAAAGCAUUUUAAAUAUUCUGCCAGUCUCCCUCAUUUAAAAGGAGAGUUUCGGAGCUAGGACGAGCUGCGCACACUGUGGGGCGAGGAUUAGCGGUCAAUAGAUUCAGAAAGUGCAAGGGUAAGUGUACCGAUAGUGGCUUUACUUUAGUGGUGGGUUGGCUCAGAAAAAUACUCUCUUUAAAAAAUCUUCUGUGGUCUAAGAGUUAGAAGCAGAUCAGUCUAUUCAUAUUCUUUUUCUUCUUCUUUAUUUUCAAAAGGGAUCGUUUUCAAAAAGUGUUUUUCUUCCUCCGGUUGCAACAGCACAUGCGACCCCGGGGCACGUUGCCGUGCACGCAUCAGUAGCCUAACUUACCAUUAAUUUUGAGAGUGACCUCCCUUGCCGUACUGUUAUUGAAAAAAGUACAAAAGUACAUGAUCAAAACAUUGGGACUCGCCGGUCAAACAUGACAUUGAUGUAGGCCCUACCAGCGAAGAAAAACAAUGUUUUCGCUCAGAUGAAAAAAAAUUUCCUGAAAUCAUCUGGGAAGCACAAAAAGGUACAAGAUGGCCAGGUGGAUUAAGCACAUGAUCAAAGGCGCGAUCAUGUUUGUUCCAUCAUAUGUGGCCUUCACCGACAUUUUCUAUGCAGUGAGGACUGUAGAUGGUGUAUCAAUGCAGCCAACCUUGAAUGCGGAGGGCAACAACACAGAUUUUGUGCUGCUGAACCGCUGGGCGGCUUCUAGCAUGCAGUUUGAGAGAGGAGAAGUUGUUUCCCUUGU